UGUCGAAAUUCAAAACUUAUAAAAUUGUUUCAACUCGCUCUUUUGAAUCAAUAAACUCAUAGUUAGAGUUAGAGUUUGAAACAUAAUAGUAAUGGACAAAUUGCUUUUAUGAGAUGUGAGUUGAGUGAAUUCAAUGGUCAGUUUUCUUUGACAACCCUUAUCUUCAAAUUUUUUAUGACUUUUCGAUAACUCAUUCCCAGCUCUAAUUGGGCUUUUCAGAUUUGCUGUUUGCACGGAUCACCCCUGUUUGAGGGGUUCUAAUCAGAGUAUUUCUAAGAAACAUCAGGGGUGAAUAUGUGGUUUCACCAAGUUAAUAUCUGCCUGGAUCAGAAAGGCAAAACACAAAACGAAGGCGGUGCGGCCGUGAAGCUAAAAGAAAAAGCAAGUGAUAUUCGAUUGCAGAAGAAUGUCAGAUCCGUACGAGAGAGUGAAGGGAGGGAGGCUGAGUUUCAAAGACGGAAGUCUCGCCACUCGAAAGUCCAUCGACAAGAAGAAAAAGAAGAAGAAGCACAAGAAAGAUGACGAAUUUCAGCCGUCCGCAGUCGUCCUCGUCGUCGAUGGUUCUGGUGACACAAACAGCGAAGCAGGACAAACCUACACCAUUGACGCUGCUAAAAACAUGAAGUACGACGAGCUCUUCCCCGUUGAGACCAAAAAGUUCGGUUACGAUCCUAAAACCGACGUUAAAACCGUCGAAGAUGCUCUCGAUGAUCGCGUGAAGAAGAAGGCUGACCGUUACUGUAAAUGAAAACGAAAUUUGUUCUCUUUAUGUUCUAAAACUACGCCGUUUUCGUCUUUUAAGUGUUUAAUUCUUUUAAAAAAAAAAAUUAACUCGAGAAGUUGUAAUUUGUGUAUUGUAGUUCGUUUGUUUUCUGUUUAUGAUUACUUUCGAGCUUGAAAGAAGUGAAGUGAAGCUAAAUUUUGAGA